AUGUUAUUCACUUCAUGGAGGAAUGAAAUAACUGAUUUAUUAGGAAAUUGUACUUCUUACCAACAACACUAUUUACAAGUUAAGAAUACAAUAGAUGAGCAAAUGAAAUGUCAUGCUAUGUGUAGUGAAGACCUGGAUGCAAUUCAAGACCAGCUUAACAAUGUGGAAGAUGAUGAUGAAAACUAUGACCUGAUUGCCCCAGGAACACAAAACAUUGAGCGUCAAGAUGAGGACGAAGGUGCGCAAGACCUUCAUCCAGAAUUUAAUGAAAACUAUGACCUAUCUGGUGAUUUUGGAAUUCCUUCAGCUGGAUCUAAUACUGAGUAGCUGAUAUUACAUGAAGAACAGGAUAAUGUUUACAGAGGAAUGGUACAAAAAUUAAACAGAGAACAAAAAGAGUUUUUCUUCCAUGUUUUAUAUCUUAUUAAAACUUCUGACAAUCCAUUCUACUGUUUUCUUAGUGGAGGAGCAGGAGUUGGCAAGUCACAUCUCACUAAGUGUCUUUAUCAAGCAGCAUUAAAGUACUAUAAUACAAGAGCAGGUGAUGAUUUCCAUCAAGUGAAAAUAUUAAUGCUUGCACCGACUGGUAAAGCAGCUUACAAUAUCAAAGGUAACACAAUACAUAGUGCACUUUCAAUACCUGCAUGUCAAUCUUUAAAGAAUUACAAACAUCUUGAUUCAAGCAGGUUAAACAACUUACGAUGUCAACUUGGUGGUUUGAAACUAAUAUUUUUGGAUGAGAUCUCAAUGGUUGGUAGUACAAUGUUUAAUGUUCAAAUAAAUAAUAGACUGAAAGAUAUUAAAGGAAGUAAAGAAGAUUUUGGUGGUGUAAGCAUGGUUGUUAUUGGUGAUUUAUUUCAGCUGGAACCUGUAAUGGACAGGUAUAUAUUUAAGAAUCUAGACAAUUCAGAAUAUGCAGCUCUUGCUCCUAAUAAAUGGCAAGAUAACUUCAAUAUGUUUGAAUUGGAAGAAAUUAUGCGACAAAGGGAGAGCAAAGUGUUUGCUGAAAUAUUAAACAGACUUAGGGAAGGAAAGCAUACUAAGGAUGAUAUUUUGAAACUAAAAGAAAGAUUAAUAAAAGAAAAUAGCAUCCAAGAUCCCAUGGAUGUGCCUCACUUGUUCAUACAAAAUCAGAAGGUAAAUGAAUUCAAUGAAAGAGUGCAUAAUGCAGCAACUGGUGAAAAGUUUUCAAUCAAAGCAAUAGACAGUGUUAUAGGAGCUAACUCUGCUCAACUUCGAGAUAAAAUUUUGAGUCAAAUACCAGAUGAUCCCAGGAAAACUAAGCAAAUUGCUUCAAACAUUCAAUUGUCAGUGGGGGAAAGAACUGAGGUAGCAUUAAUUAAAUGCACGUACUGA